UCAUAAGCAGAUUUUUCUAGUAUUUAACACUCUUUCUCUCUUUUCCCUUUCCUCAACAAAAACAAAUUACUCUGUAUUUCUUCUUCUUCUUCUCUCACAAAUCACAAUGUUCUCAUUGAAUGGAACCAAUUUUUCGAGCGAUUCGCUAUCUGGGGUUUCAAGAUGUUUAAUUCAGUCCCCGAAAAAGGUGUCUUUUCCUAUGGUGGUGGCCUCUGUGACCCCAAAUGGAAGACCGGCAGACCGGAAUGUGAGUGUUUUAAUGGAAAAUACUUUGAAGGAGAUGAAGGAAAAUUCUCCAGUUAUAGAGAAAGAUUCUAAAUCGACGGUCACUGGUGGAGUCGGCGAUGUGUACGGCGAGGAUAGUGCCACUGAAGAUCAAACUAUUACUCCUUGGAACUUCUCUGUUGCUAGCGGAUACUCAUUGUUGCGUAAUCCACACUACAACAAAGGGUUAGCUUUCAGCGAGAAAGAAAGGGAUUCCCACUAUUUACGUGGUCUUCUUCCUCCUGUGGUUUUUAAUCAUGAGCUUCAGGUUAAGAAAUUGAUGAACAAUCUGCGUCAGUAUGAUGUACCACUGCAAAGGUACAUGGCCAUGAUGGAUCUUCAGGUAGUAGCACAUAAUGUAUCUAUGUUUAAGAGGCCCUGGGCUCAUGACCACGAGCCAGUAAAAGAACUGGUGAAUGCUGUGAAGUUAAUUAAGCCAACCGUCUUGAUUGGGUCUUCUGGCACUGGGAAGACGUUUACUAAAGAAGUGGUACAAGCUAUGGCAACCUUCAAUAAGAAACCAGUUAUUUUUGCUCUCUCCAACCCAACAUCACAGUCUGAAUGUACUGCUGAAGAGGCUUAUACAUGGAGUGAAGGGCGGGCCAUUUUUGCUAGCGGGAGUCCAUUUGCUCCAGUUGAGUACAAGGGGAAAGUUUUCGUGUCUGGUCAGGGAAAUAAUGCAUACAUCUUCCCUGGUUUGGGUCUAGGACUUAUAAUAUCUGGUGCUAUUCGCGUUCAUGAUGACAUGCUCCUGGCAGCCUCGGAAGCUUUAGCAGCAGAAGUAAGUCAAGAGAACUUGGAGAAGGGACUAAUAUACCCACCAUUUGCCAACAUAAGGAAGAUUUCAGCUCACAUUGCUGCCAAAGUAGCAGCAAAAGCAUAUGAACUUGGCUUGGCCACUCGUCUACCUCAACCGGAGAACCUAGUAACAUAUGCUGAGAGUUGCAUGUACAGUCCAAGUUAUCGUAGCUAUCGCUAAGUCAAGGAAGAUACAUAAAAUUAGUAGUCAUUGAUUUUCAUAGCUUUGAAGAUUAGUGUACUCAUGGAGAUGGUACUAAUUUAGGAAUAUAUAGCCAAUUUUAGUUUUGUAUUGGCCACUUAACAUCUUUUGUGUAAUUCUGACCCAUUGGGUCAACACGGGCCACUGGCCCUCACUCCUUGUACUGAUGUUUAGCUAAUAUAAAAUAAAUAAAUUUUACGUAUCUUUCUA